GGCUGCUCGCCGCCCCCCAUGUUCGCCAACCAAGCCCUGCACCCCUUCGCGCUCCCCACGCCCGCCUUCGCCGCCAAGGACGCGCACCCCCACCUCUACCUCCACCAGCAGCGCACCGUCGAGGUCAUCCAACUCAUCGAGGUCCCCGCGCCCCCGCCCCGCUCCCACAUCUCCAGCUUCGCCUCUAGCUCCUUCGCGUCGUCCUCGUACGACUCCUCCGAGUCCUCCUCCGAGGAGGACGAGUCCGUCUGCUCGUCCUACUGCUCCUCCGAAGAGGAUGCAGACGCGGACGCGGACGUAGACAUGAACCAGGCGCCGGUCUAUGACGACACGUACAAGACCCGCUACAACAGGGUGCUCGCAUGGAGAGAGGGAUUCGCAAAGGUGUUCGACGACGACGAGGAGUCCAUGCCAGUGCCACCGCCCUCGCCCGUGUCCUCCUCCCCCUCUUCUUCCCGCAAACGAAAAGCCAGCAGUGAUGUCGAGUUCGACUCCGAUGACGAUGCAUCCUCGCAGUCCUCGAAGCGUUCGCGCUCAAUAUCCCCGCUGGAGCGCCCCGCGUGGUCACAACGGCGGCUGAGCGCGCACUCCUGUCCCGCGUGCGACGCCGGCUUCACCACGCUCGAGAGCCUCCAGCAGCACGGGCGGGAGCUCGCAGCAAACGACGCGUGCCGCGAGGCCGUCAUGUACGACUCCGAGCCCUGACUCCGCCGCGCGCACUCCCAUUGCCCGCGCUAGCCUCCACCACCGCACGCCUCCCGCACCGCACGAACUCCCCUGCCUCGCUCUCGCGCCCUGUCGAUCGCAACUUCUCUGACGUCCUCAUCACAUACAUACCCACCCGCACCCACGCAUCGCUUGCCCAUUCCGCGCAUUUUUUUUAUUCCUCGCAUCUUUCGACGCCCUGCACCUCAUCCUUCCCGCCCCAUUCAUCCGUCCAUCCAUCGACAUCGCUCCCAGGGCGCGCCUUCGAUACAGCCCGCUCCAUUGCAAGUGUUUUGCCGCAUGCCCGCGUACGUAUGCGUAGUAGACUUCCCGCCUAAUCUGUUACAUUACGUGCGUAUAGUGUCCCGCCUGAAUUCAUACGUACACUACGUUAUUAUCGUCUG